AUGAGGUUGGAAGUCACUGACUGUGGCAGGGAGCAGCAAAAGCUCACUGAGCAAGUUGAAGGCCUCACCCAGCAGCUUCUGUCCUGCCAAGCCCAAAGCGUGGACCUUCCAGAUAGGCCUUCGGAGCUGCCUCCUCACCAAGGGGAGAAAUGUCCAUCACGGUGGAGUCGCAUGAAGGAUAGGUCCUACCUCUUUUCUCCAGAAAGAAGAACUUGGGAACAAUGUAAAUCCUCCUGCAUUUCUCAGGCUGUUGGGAUGCUCAUGGUUAAGAAUCUGGAGGAGUGGGAUUUCAUAAAUCAUGAGUUGUUUCAAUACUAUGAAGAUCGCAACAGCACUGUAUUUUAUCACCGAUUCUGGAUUGGAUUGUCUUAUCACACUGAAACUAGGAAAUGGGUCUGGGUGGAUGGCUCAGCACUCUCCACUUCCUUGUUUGAGCUCACAGAUGCCAGUCAUCUAAGUUAUCAAGGUGGAGCUUGUGUGUAUGUCCAAGCUGGGGCAGUGAAGCCUGGAGACUGUGGAGAAACUCGAUUCUGCAUUUGUGAGAAGAAGAAGGAACCACCAAGAGCCAAAAAAACAGAUUAA